AUGGCUCCGCAAUCCUCGUCUCGACGACUACGUAUACGAAAGCCUCGUGGCCGUGGCCUGCGAACAACAAAUGGGUGGCGCCACCUAAAGUGCGAUGAGGCCAAGCCUAUAUGCGGACCUUGUGUGAGCAAGGACAAGAGUUGUGAAUAUGCCAACACUCCCGAAGGCCGCAAAUCGAUUCGGGCCCAGGGUAGUGCGAAUACUGAGACUCAUGUCUCUACAACACCGCGAAAAGAAUCACCGGAUAAGAACCAUGAGGUAUCGAAUGCAGGUAUACUUGACUUGGCUGCAGUUGAGCCGCAUGAAAUAGCGCCUCUGGCUUGGACUAGCCAAGACGCGAGCGCCACCAACCAGUCGGGAGACGUGCAUGAUCAGGAUCUAACAGUCGAAUCAAUUGAGAUCACAAGUCCAGUGGGUCUUCAGAAAAGUUACCUGUCUCCAUCUAAUGCAUCCGUCGCGGCUGUCAGGUGGUUUGGAUUGCUAGCGAGUGAUGCUGCAAGAGACAGCCCUCAACAAGCAGCCGUUCCGAGUUCAUGGGAAACGGAGGGCUUGCUUCUUGACCAAUCUAGUGGUGACAUCGAUAAGCCUAGCUCACUUCAGCGCGCGACUCAAGUUUUGGACAGCCCUCCUGUCUUCAAUGGAAGUCAUGAACCGAUUAAUUCUGAGGCUCAUGAAAGUGCCACGCUCCAAGGAGAAAUCUGGCAUUCGCGAAAUCCAAUCGAGCUAUUACCUAAUGAGCAGAUAUUAUUUGUUCAUUUUGUAAAUCAUGUCAGCUCCUGGAUUCACAAUGCCGGACUUUUGAAUGCCAUUUUGGCACUUGCACUACGGCAUCUAUCCUUAAAUCCCUACCAAGACACGCAAAAUAUCCCCGGCAAGGGGGAAUCAGCUGUUCAGUAUUAUUACCAGACGCUGCAUUAUGUGCACCGAGCAAUGCAAUACUCGACCUACAAGACAAGCCUGGAACUCCUCGCCACAACCCUGAUAAUUUCCGCAUAUGAAAUGCUGGAUAACUCCACAAAUGGCUGGGAGCGGCAUCUUGAAGGAGUAUUUCUGAUCCAGCGAUCCCAAACCAUUCAUGGAGAGUCUGCGGGUCUUCAUUCCGCUGUAUGGUGGGCUUGGUUAUGCCAGGAUAUUUGGGCUGCAUUUCGCGAGCAACGCAAGACACUUACGUUCUGGGUUCCUCAGAAACCGCUUUCUGCCCUGCUACCACACGAACUUGCUAAUCGGGCAAUCUACAAUGCUGCUAAAGUAAUCAGCUAUUGUGCUGACAGUUCUACUGAAGCCAGUAUUCAAAAUCGGAUGGACGAAGCUAAUCGUCUCCGCAGUACAUUGGACGACUGGCAGCAACAUCUGACUAUUGAGUUCUCGCCUCUGCCUCUGGCUUCAAGAGAAAUAUCGUCGUGUUUCAAUCCAAUAUGGGUCAAUCCUCCUGCUUUUGGUAUGUGUCUGUGUCGCAUUCUUGAUUUUGAGUUUUAUACUGAGCUUCUGAAACACACAUUAACAUAA